CAAGCCUGAACUCGCCUUGACCCUAGGAGCCAGAAGUCGGGAAGAACUCGCAGUCCGGGCGAAAGAGCGCGCAUGCGCCGCCUCAGGGGUCGGUCCCGGGGGCGGGACCUGUUCCCUCCGCCCUGGGUCUCCACAGGCUUUCGCGGGGCGGGGCCUACCCUCCGCCCUGGGUCUCCGCGGGCGUUCGGAGGGCGGGGCCUGUUCCCUCCGCUCUGGGUCCCUGCGGGCGUUCGGGGGCGGGGCCUGUUCCCCCUGCACUGGGUCUCCGCUGGCGCCCGCCCCGCCCGCCUCACCUGCGCGGCACGUGAUCCGCACCGCCUGUGGGCACCUGAAGGCGGAUCACGCGCGUCCCGGGUCCUGCAGGCUGUUUUACUUCAAAUAAAGAACAUGGUGAAACUGAUUCACACAUUAGCUGAUCAUGGUGACGAUGUCAACUGCUGUGCCUUCUCCUUUUCCCUCUUGGCUACUUGCUCCUUGGACAAAACAAUUCGCCUGUACUCGUUACGUGACUUUACUGAACUGCCACAUUCUCCAUUGAAGUUUCACACCUAUGCUGUCCACUGCUGCUGUUUCUCCCCUUCAGGACAUAUUUUGGCAUCGUGUUCAACAGAUGGUACCACUGUCCUAUGGAAUACUGAAAAUGGACAGAUGUUGGCAGUGAUGGAACAGCCUAGUGGCAGCCCUGUGAGGGUUUGCCAGUUUUCCCCAGACUCCACGUGUUUGGCAUCAGGGGCAGCUGAUGGAACUGUGGUUUUGUGGAAUGCACAGUCAUACAAGUUAUAUAGAUGUGGUAGUGUUAAAGAUGGCUCCUUGGCGGCAUGUGCAUUUUCUCCUAAUGGAAGCUUCUUUGUCACUGGCUCCUCAUGUGGUGAUUUAACAGUGUGGGAUGAUAAAAUGAGGUGUCUGCAUAGUGAAAAAGCACAUGAUCUUGGAAUUACCUGCUGCGAUUUUUCUUCACAGCCAGUUUCUGAUGGAGAACAAGGUCUUCAGUGUUCUCGGUUGGCAUCAUGUGGUCAGGAUUGCCAAGUCAGAAUUUGGGUUGUUUCUCUUACCCAUAUCUUAGGUUUUGAAUUAAAAUAUAAAAGUACACUGAGUGGGCACUGUGCUCCUGUUCUGGCUUGUGCUUUUUCCCAUGAUGGGCAGAUGCUAGUCUCAGGGUCAGUGGAUAAGUCUGUCAUAGUAUAUGAUACUAAUACUGAGAAUAUACUUCACACAUUGACUCAGCACACCAGGUAUGUCACAACUUGUGCUUUUGCACCUAAUACCCUUUUACUUGCUACUGGUUCAAUGGACAAAACAGUGAACAUCUGGCAAUUUGACCUGGAAACACUUUGCCAAGCAAGGAGCACAGAAGAUCAGCUGAAGCAAUUUACUGAAGAUUGGUCAGAGGAGGAUGUCUCAACAUGGCUUUGUGCACAAGAUUUAAAAGAUCUUGUUGGUAUUUUCAAGAUGAAUAACAUUGACGGAAAAGAACUGUUGAACCUUACAAAAGAAAGUCUGGCUGAUGAUUUGAAAAUUGAAUCUCUAGGACUGCGUAGUAAAGUGCUGAGGAAAAUUGAAGAGCUCAGGACCAAGGUUAAAUCCCUUUCUUCAGGAAUUCCUGAUGAAUUUAUAUGUCCAAUAACUAGAGAACUUAUGAAAGACCCAGUCAUCGCAUCAGAUGGCUAUUCAUAUGAAAAGGAAGCAAUGGAAAAUUGGAUCAGCAAAAAGAAACGUACAAGUCCCAUGACAAAUCUUGUUCUUCCUUCAGCGGUACUUACACCAAAUAGGACUCUGAAAAUGGCCAUCAAUAGAUGGCUGGAGACACACCAAAAGUAAAAUUGUUGAUAUUGUAUUGUUUAUAUUUUCAGUGAUCUCAUUUGAAUGAUUUAUAGGUAAAUACUAAAUGACAUUAUUAAAAACAAAACAGGAAAAAGGUAAACUUCUUAAAUUUAGUUACCUAUAAAAAUUGUCAAUUUUCAUUCUUUAAAAACACAUGGACUUACUAUAAAAGCCUUUUUGUACUAGCGAAAAAAAUCUUCAGCUAUAUAAAGUUAUACUUUAAAUUGCAGUGCCCUAAGUUUUUUUAAUUCCUCUUAAUAUCAUUCCCAACAGUGCCCACAUUUAUUCUUGUUAGAUGUAGGUCAUCUCUCUUUAUAACUAAAGAUUGGACUACCCUAAAGUAACAGAUGUUUACAUUCUAGGUAAUAGCCAUUUAUUCAAUAACUCUUUGGAGCCCUUUUAAAGAGAAUUUGUAGCAAAAUGGUUGUAGAUUGUUUAUGAUUAAAUUGAGAAAAAUCA